GUUGCUGUCGCACAACUACGGCAGACUACAGUUUGUACUUUCCGACUGGCGUUGUUUGAGCGGACCAGGCAGCGCAGGGUCUCUUAACACCAAGGAUAUACUCAAAAAUAGCUUUCCAAAAGGCGAUUAGGCAUGACGGAUACUGACGACGGGGCUCCGCGGGACUCCACGUAGAGAUGAGGAUUCCUCCGGUGUGGCCGCUGGGGGCUUGCCAGACUGGGUGAGGUGAGAACUGAGAAGGAAACCCGCUGAGAAAAGAACACCUUGGACUGCUGAGGAGGACCUCUGUGCAGGUUCACACGGCCGUCGGCAGGGUGGAGCUUCCUGACCCAUGGAGAAUUAUUUCCAGGCCGAGGCCUUCAACCUGGACAAGGUGCUGGACGAGUUUGAGCAGAACGAAGAUGAAGUUGACAAUCCCAUUCUCUCUGAUGCCAAGUGGACCCAGAUUCUGGCCCCUCCAGCCCACCUGCUGUCGCUGAACCCCGCCCUGGCCCACGCAGACCUCAGCCCCGGGGAGAGUCCCCUGCCCUUCAAGACCCUUCCUGACUCUACAUCCAGCGCCUCCCCGGGGGGUGACCCCAAAAGACACCCAGGUCCUGAACCUCCAUCUUGGGCAGAGGAUAGGCCAGCAGAUGUCCACAGCCCGCCCCUUCCCCAACCCAACAUCGGCAAACUGGUGGGCACAGACGACCUCUCCCCGCCCCCGGUGACGGCCUGUACUGCUGUGGAGAACGGCUGCCCCACCAGCCCUGCCAGCCCGCAACUGGACAGGCUCAGAGAGGAGAUUAAUUCUCUCUUGGACAACAAACCUGGCCAUUCUGACCGGGAGGGUAAACCUUAUCAGGAGGAGAGAGUCACCACAGCAGGAGGAGAAGGAGGCUCUGAUGUCAGUCACACUCAGUUUACCUUUGAAGUUGGAUUAAGACAGGAGGAGACACAGGAAGAGACUCAGAAAAUCCAUCCAGAUGUGGAAGCCUCGAUACAUAAUGGGCAAGGUGUCAAAGAGGAGGCUGUUACAGCUGCUGUUUUAGAAAAUGGGCAAGAAAAAUUAACAGCAAACAUAAAAGAAGAGCAGGUAGAAAGUGUCCUGAAUGGGAGAGGGAGAGACAUUAACGCUGCUUGUGAGUGGGAGAAGAAUGGUUUAUCUUCUUCUGACAGUGUUGAGGUGGACCAGAAGGAGUGGAUAUGUGGUUCAGAUGGACAGAUAGACCAACUCCUCAGAAUAAGAGGCCUUCCCAACGGUUUGGAGCAGGAGAGCGGUGGGCAUUCCAAGCUUAAGGAGACAGAAACGAAAGAGGAGGACCAUGAGGGUCUGUCUCCCUCUCCUGUCCCGUCUAAAGAGGACUCUGUCACUGAGGAAAAGGAAAUGGAGGAGAGCAAGCAAGAGAAUGGUGAAGGAGGAACAGCAGGGUCAGGCGGCAUACAACCAAAACUCAACAAUAAUCGGCUGCAGCCAGUCAGUGUUCCCUACGGAGGCGCGAGACCGAAGCAGCCGGUCAGCCUCAAGCUCCAGAUCCCACAGCCGCUGUCAGGUCAGGUACAAAACCAGCUCGGUCCUAGCGCCGUCAGCAAGAACAAAAACCUGGAGAACCAUUGUCGAAGAGGCACUCCGUCUGAAUUGACGCUCAGUGGGACUGAUCAAAGUGCUAACGGGGUAAACGGAGAUGGCGUCGCCCACUCUCCUCCCCCUAUGCCCUCAGAGAGCCCAGAUAACGACCUCCAGGCAGGCCAACAGGGUAAUCUGUGCAGGAAACCUGCCAGCUCUCUGGGGGAGGUAGCCCCUGUGUGGGUGCCUGACUCCCAGGCUCCUAUGUGUAUGAAAUGUGAUGUCAAGUUCACAUUCACCAAGAGGAGGCAUCACUGCAGAGCCUGCGGAAAGGUGUUCUGUGCUACAUGCUGCAGCCUGAAGUGCAGGCUCACGUACAUGGACAGGAAGGAGGCUCGCGUCUGUGUCACCUGCCAUUCUGCUCUGACAAGUGCUCAAUUUUGGGAGGCACCCGUCACUGCAAGCAACCAGAGUCCAAACCCCAACAACCCAGCAGAGUACUGCUCCACUAUCCCCCCUCUGCAGCAGGCUCAGGCCUCUGGGGUGCUCAGCUCCCCUCCUCCUACUGUCAUGGUGCCUGUGGGAGUUCUAAAACCGCCUGGCAACGAGGGGUCUCUUACACGGGAGCAAAGGAGGGUGUGGUUUGCUGAUGGGCUCCUGCCUAACGGAGACGCGACAGAGUCACCCAAACCUCCUGCCUCUAAUCCAGCCCCCUCGCAGUCUCUUGCCAUCUCCACAUUUUCAAACAAAUCCUCCACUUCUGAAUCCUCAGAGGCAUCCCACAGCCCUGUUGCCCCGGUUGGUAGCCCAGUGGGCAGCUCCUUCAGCCUGAUCCCGGAGGACGGGCUCCCUCCCAUGCUCAUCUCCACUGGAGUCAAAGGAGGUACGGGAGGCCACAUCACAGACUAUGCAGUGGAGGAGAGGCCGUCGGAGAUCGUCCUCAUGCAGCAGCUGGAGGAAGGAGGCCCAGACCCCCUGGUCUUCGUGCUCAACGCUAACCUGCUUGCUAUGGUCAAGCUUGUAAACUAUGUAAACAGGAAGUGUUGGUAUGUGACGACAAAGGGCAUGCACGCCGUCGGCCAGGCAGAGGUGGUCAUCCUGCUGCAGUGUCUACCUGACGAGAAGACCAUUCCCAAAGACAUCUUCACACACUUUGUGCAGCUCUACCAGGAGGCCCUCAGCGGCAACGUGCUGAGCCACCUGAGUCACUCAUUCUUCACACAGAGCUUCCUGGGCAGUAAGGAGCACGGCGGCUUCCUCUACAUCAGCCCUUCCUUCCAAUCGUUACAGGACCUGCUGCUGCCCAACCCGCCCUACCUCUUCGGCAUCCUGAUACAGAAGUGGGAAACGCCGUGGGCCAAAGUCUUCCCCAUCCGCCUCAUGCUGCGGCUGGGAGCAGAGUACCGAUUUUAUCCGUGUCCACUGUUCAGUGUUCGCUUCAGAAAACCCCUCUUUGGAGAGACCGGUCACACUAUCAUGAAUCUGCUUGCAGACUUCCGUAACUACCAGUACACGCUGCCAGUGGUGAAAGGUUUGGUUGUGGACAUGGAGGUGAGGAAGACGAGCAUUAAGGUCCCCAGUAAUCGUUACAAUGAGCUGAUGAAAGCCAUGAACAAGUCCAACGAACACGUGCUGGCAAUGGGGGCGUGUUUCAACGACCGGGCUGAUUCCCACCUGGUGUGUGUCCAGAACGAUGACGGGAACUAUCAGACACAGGCCAUCAGCAUCCAUCACCAGCCUCGCAAAGUUACUGGAGCCUGCUUCUUUGUGUUCAGCGGUGCUUUGAAAGCCUCAUCGGGCUUCUUGGCAAAGACCAGCAUCGUGGAAGACGGUGUCAUGAUUCAGAUCACAGCUGAGACCAUGGACUCUCUACGGCAAGCGCUGAGGGACAUGAAGGACUUCACCAUCACCUGUGGUAAAGCCGACCAGGAGGACAACCAGGAGCUCGUCCACAUCCAGUGGACGGAGGACGACCACAACUUCAACAAAGGUGUCAUCAGUCCCAUCGAUGGGAAAUCUAUGGAGUCUAUCACCAGCGUCAAGAUCUUCCAUGGCUCUGAAUUCAAAGCCAACGGCAAAGUCAUCCGCUGGACAGAGGUGUUUUUCCUUCAGAGUGAAGAUCAACCCAACGGUCUGAGCGACCCGGCCGACCACAGCCGACUGACGGAGAACGUAGCGAGAGCUUUCUGCAUGGCGCUCUGUCCACACCUGAAGCUGCUGAAGGAGGACGGGAUGGCCAAACUGGGACUGAGGGUCACUCUGGACUCAGACCAGGUGGGUUACCUGGCAGGAAGUAAUGGCCAGCCUCUGCUGCCUCUGUACCUGAGCGACCUUGACAGCGCUCUGAUCCCAGUCAUCCACGGAGGGGCGUGUCAACUGAGCGAGGGCCCGGUUGUCAUGGAGCUGAUCUUCUACAUCCUGGAGAUCAUCUCGUAGGGAGUCUUUGGACCGUCAUCUAUUUCUUUUUGGACCUUCUGAUGUCAUCUCUCAUCCUGGACCUACGUCAUCUUCCUCCAACUGUUUGCACUUCAAAGGAGCCUGAUAACUGUGCCGUGCCAGGUGGGGUAGCAUUCCUCAAGUCAAAACCUAUGCAUCCAAAAACCACCUUCUGUUCUGCUCCAGAGGCCUCCUGGGGCCUGACGAGGCCUGUCAUGUUUCCAUUGUGAUGAACUUCACCUGACAGGUCAUCUGUCUCAGGUUCUCAUAAGAGGUCCACCAAGCAGGAAGUAAACACCAGAGAUGACCUGCUCAAUCUGUUUGACCCCAGUGUGGCGUUAAAGUGCUUCUAUACAGUAUUAACCCCCCCCCCCCCUCGCGCUAAAAGUCUUCAUGUUUAUCGAUUUACAACGAUGGUCAAAGUACAAGUUGAAGUGGCUUUGUUGGUUUGUCAACAGAAAAAAAAAACUCAUGAUUUCUACAGAGGGAUUUGAUUUCUCUUUGUAUGCCUUUUAUUAGAGUCAGAAAUGUGGUACAGAGAGAGAGUGAGGAAUGACAUGCAGGAAAGGAGCUACAGGUCGGAUUUGAACCUGGGUUUGCCCGCUUG